UCGACAGCAAGAUUGGUUUAGUUGAAACUUCACAGGAGAAAAUCUUCAUAAAUGAAACGAAAACAUGAUAGUGGCAAUGAUUUGAAUAAAGACUUCGGUGUGGAACGUGAUGAUGAAUUGCGAGAUUGUCUAUUGGAAAGCGAAGAAUUUGUAAAAGUCAUAGAAAAUGAGGGUGCAGAACCAAACCUAGCCCUACCACAAGACUGGUUAGCUUUGUAUCAUAAAAGUGGCGGAAUUGUUUAUCUCAAUCGCAAAACUCGAGUUUGUACUUGGAGCAGACCUUACCACAUUGGAACAGCUAGUGUUAGGAAACACAACGUACCGACAGCUGCUAUACCUUGCUUGCAUCAAAGCUUAGCAUUACAAAAAAAGCUCAAGAUCAACUCUGAUGUAAAUGAAGAUGCUAGUUGUGGUAAUUCAGAACAUCUCAAUUCAAAAAAUAAUCAUUGUAUAGUUAUGGAUGAUGAAGUAAAAGCAAAUUCAGCGGAGAUUGGGGAUGCCUUAAAAGAAGAUGGGCACAAUAACUUAAAGAAUCAUAAUAAUUGUAGUGACUAUUCAGGCUUGGAAAUGUUGAGUUUCCAAGAUAUAGAAGCAUAUCUUGCUCAUCUGUGGAAAUUUAAUAACAUUACCAAAAAUGAAGGAAGCAAGCCCUUGUUUUCAGAUGGAGUUGAAGAUACUGAAUGCAAAAACAAUGUUUUGAAUACAUUGAAAACCAUUCCAUAUCUUAUAGAAGGAACAAAUUCUUCAUCUAACAAUGAUGAAAACUUUGUGAUAAAUCCAGCAGGCAAGAGUGCCUUAUCUCUUCUUCAUGAAUAUUGCGUGAAAAAGCAGCAAGCAAAACCUGAAUUUGUGGUAGUGGAAAGUGGCAUUCCUAAAACUCCUUUCCAGGCUAAAGUUCUUGUUAAUGGACUUGAGUAUGGUAAGGGUAUGGCCAGCAGCAAAAAACAAGCAAAGCAUUUAGCAGCACAAAGAACAUUGGAGAUAUUUAUGCCUCAAAAAUUUGCCCAGCUUGUUAACUAUGAAGAUCGUCUAAAGGUUUUUGACAACAUUUCUAUUGAAGAUAACAAUGUGUAUGACUUGACUGAAAGGUUAGGAUUGUUGAGUCCUUAUCAAGUUCUGAGGGAGUGCAUUAAAAGAAAUCAAGGUGUAUUAAACGCUGAUAUAAAAUUUGAUUUACACUAUGAUAAAGAAGAGAAACAAUUACAAUAUACAAUGUUAUGUGGAAAACAUGAAGCUCGGGGAAAUUGCAAAAAUAAGAAACUUGGUCGAGAAUAUGCCUCUCAAACAAUUUUAAAGAAGCUUCAUCCAAAGUUAAGUUAUUGGGGCUCAGUUUUACGAAUUUAUGUGGAUGAACACAGUGUUAAGGAAUUAUCAAUGAAAUGUGAAAAACCCUCGUCCCCUGCAUCGUCCUGCACAAAUGAAGAACUUUUGAGAGACUUGAAACAUGAAAUGAAGAAAGUCUUGGAGAAGAGAACCAUAUCGUCGUCUACUGGUACUUUUACGCAGUUUAUGACCCACAUUGACAUAUAGUUUGUAACUGUCUUUAAAAUCAUUUUGCAAUCCUUUUUAUACAAUAAUAAUAGUUAGGUUUGAUUUAUUUAUGUUAUUUACAUAAUUUUUAAUAGCAGUUGUGUUUUUUUCAAAAAACUUAAAAUAAAUGAUAAUUCUUAUCGUUACAAUACUCCCGCGUAAACGUCUUUUGGUGGAUGGGAAGCACUCAUGACUCAUGUUUAAACUCGUCAACGUGGUCGUGAAACUCGUGAUCGUGAUGGAGAAGAAAUUACGGACAACGAGAAACAGUCGAAGAAUUAAAAACCGCCAGCAACCUUUAAAAGGGUGUGAUGAAAAAAUAAGAAAGCAAGGCACUCAGGAUAAUGCAUCGACUGUUUGUACUGAAUUGGCUUCAGUGAGUGAACAUGUUUCUAAAGUGGUAGAAAAGGACCAAGUGAAAAAGACAAAUCAAAUAAAAGAGAACGCUACAUUGGAGUCUCAGAGUUUGAAACGAAAAAGUAAGGAAAGUAGCGUGAACAGUGAUGCUGUGAACAAAAAGAUGAGAAAUUUAGAAAAGAAAUAUGCUCUAUGUGAAAUUUCCAUCAAAAUAGAAAGAUGCAAUUCCUGACAUGUGUACAAGCGACAUGCAGACGAACUGUGUAAAAAUUUAAGGAAAAAGUUUGUUGAUGUUAAAGUUGAAAUUAAUCCACAAAAACCACGAAGCAAAAGCUUCGAGGUGAUACUUUUACCAGAAAAUGAUGAUGAAAUUGUAAUAUGGAGUGGUUUAAAGAAAGGGCCACCAAGAAAACUCAAGUUUCCUGAUCAACAAAAGAUUGUUACUGAAAUUGAAAAAUAUGUUAGAGAUUUAUAACUAGUAAGUGCUAACAACUAUCUCAGUUUUGAUGAGUUUAUUAAGGGAGAUGUUUGAAUAUUUAUGAAA